AUCUUGGUGUGGUCCUUUUUGGAUUUCUUGUGGCGGUAUUCUUCCGCAGAUGUAGCAAACGGUCAGUAGGAAUAGGAAGUGAUGUUGGUCUUAGGGAACACUGUUGGAACCGGUAGCCACGUUACACUGGGCGCAGUAGGAAGAAGAGUGGAAGUGAAGUUCUGGAAUGAGGGUGAUGGAAUGGUUCCUGUGUGGUACAGAAUACCAGCAUGGGCAGUAAUUUUUGGUGAAAGAGCAAAAAGGAGAAUACAUUGCAAAAAAGGAUGGGUCCUCUGAAUUUUCUUUUUUAAUUCUCACCCAAGGAUAUGUUUUUAUUGACUGUUAGAGAGGAAUUGGGAGAAAAAGAUAGAUCAAUCUUAAGGAGAAACAUUGAUGGAUUGCUUCCUAUAUACACCCCAACUGGGAAUCAAACCUGCAACCCACAUAUAUACCCUGAGCUGGAAUUGAACUCAGUCUUUUAUGGUAUACGUGACAAUGCUUUGACCAGCUGAGCCAUUCAGAGGGCAUGGGCCUCUGGAUUUUAAGGAUUCUCUGCUUAAAAGGCAGGCUGAGGCAAAUGCAAAUUAUAUCUGUUUCUUUUUGACAUAUGCUUAUAUGCAUGGUAUAUGCUUGUAUUUGUGUGAUUUUUGCCACAUUACUAAAGUUUUCUGAACUUCUAAUCAUGCCAUUUAUUAACUUUAUAAAUAAGUCAUAAUCAGUAGGGUUACUUUGAGGAACAGAUAAGCAAUUGUAUGUAUAUUUGUUUGCACAGAAUCACAUGUAAUGAAACUUGACUAUUCCAAGUUACAAAUGGCUUUGCCUCCUGUUGCUUGGACUGUGUGUCAAUGAAAACCCAAGAGACAGCUGACAGCUGAGCUAGUGACCAUGGCAUCACAGGAAGCAGUGUCCUUCGAGGAUGUAGCUGUAGACUUCACCCAGGAAGAAUGGGCCCUGCUGGACAUACCCCAGAGAAAACUAUUCACAGACGUAAUGCUGGAGAGCAUCUGUCAUCUGCUCUCGAUUGGCAGUCAGCUCUACGAUUCAUACGUGAUUUCUCAUUUCAAGGAGGGAAAGCAACUUUCAGGAGAAGAGAUUGUUAUUCUGCAAGGCCAGAAUCCAGUCAUUUCAGAAAGGAGAGAUGAUUUUAAAAAACAAGAAAUGUUAUCCACUCAACAUUUUCUCAAGAAGGACACAUCCCUCAUCAAUGCAGUGAAACCCCAUAUCAUACAAGAAUUUAGAAAAGUGAUCAAUUAUUUUAAUCAACAUAAACCAAUUGAUGCUAGAAAUAAAUUGUUUGAAUGUCAACGUGGGAAUGCUUUGAUUCAACACUCUGCCGUUAGACAACACAAUAAUACUCAAAAUAGAGAAAAGUCAUUUGAAUGUCGUUUUUGUGGAAAAGCCUUCCGUGUGCGUUCUAACCGUAGACGACAUGAGAUGAUUCACACUGGAUUGAGACCACAUGGAUGUGAACUAUGUGGAAAGGCCUUCAUUAGUCGUUCUUACCUUAGAAAACAUGAAAGAAUUCACACUGGAUUUAAACCACAUGGAUGUCAACUGUGUGGAAAGGCCUUCAUUAGUAGUUCUUACCUUAAAAAACAUGAAAGAAUUCACACUGGAUUGAAACCAUAUCGGUGUCAUCUGUGUGGGAAAGCCUUCAGUAUAAGAUCUAACCUUAGCCAACAUGAGAGGAUUCACACUGGAUUGAAACCACAUGAAUGUCAUCUAUGUGGGAAAGCCUUUAGUCAAUCUUCUGACCUUAGAAAACAUGAGAGAACUCACACUGGAGAGAAACCAUAUGGAUGCCAUCUAUGUGGGAAGGCAUUCACUAAGUCUUCUAAACUUAGACAACAUUUGAGAAGUCAUGCUGGAGAGAAACCAUAUGAAUGUCAUCUAUGUGGGAAGGCCUUUACUGAUUCUUCUGGCCUUGGACGACAUAAGAAAACUCAUAGAGGAGAGAAGCCAUAUGAGUGUCACCUCUGUGGGAAAGCUUUCGAUAACUCGCCUGCCCUUAGACUACAUGAGAGGACUCAUACUGGAGAGAAGCCAAUAUAUGAGUGUCACCCCUGUGGGAACGCUUUCAAUAACUCGUCUGCCCUUAGAGUACAUCAGAGGACUCACACUGACGAGAAACCAUAUCAAUGCCAUGUAUGUGGGAAAGCCUUCAAAAGAAGCUAUAACUUUGGACUGCAUAAGAGAGUUCAUACUGGAGAAAACCCAUUCAAAUGUUAUCUAUGUGAAAAAGCCUUCAAUAAAUAUUUUGACCUUGAACAGCAUGAAAAAACUCACACUAUAAAUGUUAUAAAUAUGAAAGAUUCACUACACAUUGUUUCAGACUCUAAACAUCCUUGAAGGACUCACACGCUGUGGGGGGAAAAAGCAAUUUGUAAUCAGGGUGAAAGAGCCUUUAUUUAUCCUUACUUCAUUCAGUCAAAGUUCAAACUGGAGAGAAUCCAUAUGUAUGGCAACUGCUUGACAAACUCUGUAGAUCACAUUGGGCUGACUUGGAGAACUCAAAGCAAAGAAUGUGUUACGGUCUUUAUUACACAGUUCUGUUAAACAAAAUGCCUUGGUGGAUGAGUUAGAGGGGCAUGGUGCCAGCAUUGUAUCAGGAAAGCUGGCAGAGUGGGAGAUUGCAGUGGGGUAAGGGCUGGGAACCUGUGAUAGGGAGCUGGGGCCUGCAGAUCCUCAGUACACAGGAUCUGGACUUCUGCCUGGACCAGGAAGCACUGCUGGCUAGAGCCACUGUCACCACAUACCACUGUGGCAGGGAUUUCAGAGCACUGUGAUGUACCCCAUAACAUAGUCACUUGGACUGGCUCUGGGGCUGACCUGACCCUGAUUCCAGUACUCAGUCAGGACUCUGUCUAACAGCUGGAGACCACAUGAGUUCCUUCCUGUCUCUUGCCACCACCACACAAUUUGAUUGAUACUCCAUGCAAGUAAAGUCUUGUCUGGAAGUUGAUCUCAACCAGGAGCCAGAUCCCAUUUCUAACUGUCAGUGAGAUCUUAAAUAGUACUCUGAAAUGGGAAUCUGUCAAGCACUGGAUCUGAGCUGGGACUAAACAGGAAUAGGGUGGGAUGGGAUAAGAACAAGUAAGUACUACUAACUUGAUUAAGGUGAAGCCAACUGCCAUGAAGCAGUGGCUUGAGAUGUUCUCUGAGCAAUUGCUUUAAUAAGGUUCUUGCUGUGUUUUCCCUUAAAAGUUAUAGGACAGGAACCAGAAUCUGGGAUCUGUCAGCUAGACAAAAUAUUUAGUUCAUCUAACCCAUGAAUGAAUGGAGGAAUCAGGUCAGAUAAAUUCUAUGUAUGUAAUCAUUGUAGGGAUAUCUUACUUUAUAGCUUAUCCUUUAUACAAAUUAGAAAACUAUAAAGGAGAAAAAUUCUAGCUCUGUAAUCAUUGUGCACUAUUCAACCUAGCACCAGUCUUGGUGUGCCCAAAAACAUUUAAUGUCAGUUCACUGCUAAAACAAGAAAUAAGUGGGGAAAAAUCUAAUAGCAGGAGGUCAAAGCUUCUUGAAAAUUAACAGAUAAUCUGAAAAAUUAUUCCAUGGAAAAUGAUAAAAUGUUAUUUAUUAAUCAGCACUUGUAAAGCAGGUGAGGAUUUACAUUAUUGAAUACUCACUGUAACAUGAUGGAAUCUUCAGCAACUUCUCAUAACUUAGCACCAAUUAUCUCACAUUGAGAAAGUAGAUAAACUUUUAGAUGGAUUUCAUAUUACAAAUUUUAGACUGGCUAAAAUUAUUGGACCAUUAAGCAAACAAUUCAGCAAAAUAGCCAGAAUUUUACCAAAGAUUUGUUACUGAAAACAUAAGAUAAAGUUCAUAAUUGUGAAACACUUUGGGAGUGUAGAAUGCACAAUUUUGGUAGAAGUAAUAUUUUCAAAUUAAAAUGAUUAAUACUUGAAAAAUGCAAGAAUUAAUUAAUGGUAAAAAAUUGAGCAGGUUGGUCAAAUUCCAUUUUGCUUACACUGGUAUAAACACAUGUAUUUGGGUGAGUUAUAUAAUAUUACAUGUGAGUUAAAACAUGGUACAAAACCAUGUUCUAACUGUAAUAUUAGAGUUAUAUUUAUUGAAAUAAUUUAAACGAAAAAAUGAUUUACCUCUAUUUUUACUGUACUAAAUAUUUAAAUCAGAAUUUUUACACCUAGCUGGUUAGUCUCAGUAGAUAGAGUAUCGGCCUGUUGACCCUUAGUCCUGGACUCGAUU